AUGACAUGUGAUGAGAACCACUAUGGCCAGGACUGUAAGAAGAUUUGUACAUGUGUAAAAGACAACAGCAAUAACUGCAAUGCUGUCAAUGGAACUUGCACAUGUAAACCAGGCUGGACUGGCUCUAACUGUGAAACAGAUAUAGACGAGUGUUUGAACACCAGCUACUGCCCAGAUGUACAUGAGAGCUGUUUUAAUUUGAAUGGAUCUGCAGAGUGUAGAUGUGAUUCAGGAUAUCAAAGAGUUGAUGGAUCUGACUGCCAAGACAGAGAUGAAUGUCUAGAUCCCACCUACUCUUGUGAUGAGACAAAACAAUGUAAAAACACACAAGGCUCAUAUGAUUGUGUAUGUAAACAAGGUUAUCUAAUUGUCAACAAUACGAAGCCCUGUAAAGUGAAUUUUCGCAGUUUCCCAAUGCAGCUGAGAUUGAAUAUUGUACCUGAUGGAAAUUUAAACAAGUUAGGUGGAGAUAAAGUGGGAAAAGAAAUUCUUCCAUUUGUGAUUUCAAAGUUCUCGGAUGGAUCUAUCAUAGUUCAUACAGCCAUUGUGGUAGACCUGAAUUAUACCAGCACUCCUGCAUAUUCUGCAUCAAAGUUUGCCAUCAGUUUAAAAAAUAAUCAAAAUAUAACUGUUGGUUCUGACAUCAUAGAAAUCAUGAAUGUUUUAGUACAAAACCAAUCAAUUCCAGACAAUACUUGUGACCUGUACACUCAGUUAUCUCAAUCAUGUUCAUCCAAUGAAAAUUGUUACGAAAAUAAUCAGAAUCUUACACAGUGUAAGACAAUUAUAAAAGAUACAGACAGGUUGGCCUUAAUUCUAGGACUUUCAAUUGGAAUUGGUGUGUUUAUCAUCAUUGUUGUGGUUAUUGCUGUUUAUGUUAUUGUUCAUCAAAAGCAGUUAACUAAAUACCAUCUAUAUUCAAAGUCUAUUAAUGAUAAUAGACAACGUACAAGGGAAGACUCAAGUUAUCAGUCCAUGGAACUACCCCCUGUGAUGGCAAGUGAUCCAGCUGCUAAAUGUUUAAAGUUUAAGAAAGUCCUUUCUCCUUUUAGUGAAGCUAUAUACAAUGAAAACAUUAUGUACUGA